AUGGCCCUGCCUUUACUACUGCCAACUUGGCAGCAAAGAGACCUUGCUCGUGAGAGGGAAACUUUCAGAUAUGAUCCAUCGUUGGUAGCAAACUCUGUUCUCAACUCAACUGAUGAUCUUAUCCCUCCUCACAAUCUCACUACUUCAUCUGAUGCCACCUUGACAUCAUUUUGUCAACUCGCAGCUCUACGUCUUAAUGCCUCAAGAGCUCUAGUCUCACUCUUUGAUCGCUCCAGCCAGUAUGUUGUUGCGGAAGCAACACAGUCUGGUCGUCUCGUUCCAAACUCCCCCUCCCACAGCCCUGACCAGGAUUUGUGGCUGUGCGGAACACAUUUCCCACGUUCGUUUGGAGUUUGCGAACAAGUUAUACAAGAAUGCGCACAGUCAUCAAAAUCAGAACCUCAGGUUACAGUAAUCAACGAUCUUGUCGAACACAAGACAUUAUGCCUACGACCCUACUGCCAUGGAUGGCCCAACAACCGGUUCUACGCCGGCAUACCGCUCACUACCCCAAGAGGGAUUGUCAUUGGUGUCCUUUGCGUUUUCGACUCGCAGCCGAGAUCAGGCUUGGAUGAUAAAUCGAAAACAAUUCUGCAGGACCUCUCUCAAUGCAUCAUGUCACAUCUUGAAGACCGUCGCGUCAGCGAGCGAUACCGUCAAGCAGAUCGUGUGACGCGCGGUAUCCGACGUUUCUUCCAUGGGCGCACCAGCAAAACAGAACUUCAACGUGAUCGACUGCUUGCAGCUGAACCGAGACUUCGCACUCCAGGAGCAGAAUUUAGCCCACAGUUCAAUCGUUCGACUGAUACCAGACACGGGGACGACCGACUGUCCAGCACAUGUGCCAGCGCUGCUGAUAUCAUGCGCGAUGCCCUCGAGGUCGACGGCCUUUUACUUCUAGAUGCCUCGCACUCUCAUCGAAGUCCAGGAGCAGAGUUAAAAGACCCCCUUGGCGCACCGAAAGAUUCUCAGCUCGCUGCUGACGAUCUAUGCCCCGUCUUCGGCUCUUCUGUCACAGCCGAGUUGAGGCAAGAAGCAAGUUCCUAUUUCGGACAUUCGAGCCUGCACACCUCCGUUUUGCGAAGAUUACUUCACUAUUGCCCCCGCGGAACGAUAUGGACCUUUGACAGUUCCGAAGGUGACGCCAGCGAUAAUUACGAUAAUCCAAGCGAUGAAAUAUCCUCGGAAGCCUCUGACGAUGACCGCAUUACAGAGGAGACAGAUGAAUCAUCACCGAUCGACCAAGAGUCAGCAAUACAACAUCACAAAAAAAGACAACAACUGAGGAAGGAUAUACAGACGCUUCUUCCUGGUGCAAAGAGUGUGGCUUUCUUCCCCAUCUGGAAUGCUCAGAAACGGCGCUGGUUCGCCGGUGGUUUCGCUUAUACCAAUAAGUCGAGCAGAAUGUUUUCACCUAAACGGGAGCUAAGUUACUUGCGAGCUCUCGGGACGGUCCUAAUGGCCGAAGUGUCGUUCAUCAAAGAGCGUGAAGUGGAACACUCCAAAUUGGAUGUUCUGGACUCCAUCUCCCACGAACUACGGUCACCGCUCCAUGGUAUCUUCUUUGGUACAGGGGUACUGCGUUCUGGCAAUCUCAACUCGUCCCAAAACGACGCUCUAUUGUCUGUUGAGGCCUGCAGUCAGACUUUACUGGACACUAUCGAUCAGAUUCUUGACUGGAGCAAGAUCAACCAUUUCACAACGUCGCUUCAAAAGAGCUCUGGGUACACCCAUACAGAUGUCGACAGUCGUGUACUUCGCUCUUCUCGGACCAACAGUAUGGAGGCUGGUAUGAUGAGCAUCGCGUCUGAUGUUGACCUCCCACAGUUGAUCGAGGAUGUUAUCGAGAGCGUACAUGUGGGACACGAGUUCCAGAAACAUACCCUAGGAACUUCAGGCGAUAGUGUCAGAUUGGUAGUUCAUUUCGAACCAAGCCCGAACUGGAGAUUUCACGUACAACCCGGCGCAAUCCGACGCAUCGUGAUGAACAUCCUUGGAAACUCGCUACGAUUUACUUCUAGUGGUGCCAUCCACGUCCGGGUCGGACAAUCAGAAACUGAUGAUGUUUCAGUGCGUCUUGUAACGCUCACUAUCAGUGACACAGGCUGCGGUAUGAGCAGCGAGUUUCUCACAAAUGAGCUCUUCAGUCCUUUCACCCAGCAAAACAUGAUGGACGCGGGCACUGGACUAGGUUUGAGUAUCGUGAGACGCAUUACGCAGAACCUUGGCGGAAACGUCGAGGUUCAGAGUUUAGUCUCAGUUGGCACUGCCGUGCGCGUCACGUUACCUCUGCAGGUAACCGACAAGAUGUCCCAGGGAACCAACACGAAUUUGCAACAAGAGGUGAACAAAGGCCUGGAAGGACUGAGAGUCUCCAUCCUAGGGCUCCAGGACUCGAAGGUUGAGAACAACCCCGAUCUUGGGUGGGAUUCUAUGACGAGCGAGAAGGAUUGCAUUUCAGCUAUUUGUCGAGAUUGGUUGGGCUCGCAUAUCGUUGAUAUACCCGAUGUGCAGCAUCAACACCCUCAUGUUAUGCUUUGUGAUGAGCGCUCUUUGGACAGAGCGAAGCUUCUCAUACAACUGAAUGAGUCGACGUCGUUCAUGGUCAUCUGUGAUGAUCCUGUUGUUGCUCGGAAGCUUGAGAUGGAACAGGCCGACAAUGGCAACUCAGACAGCGACCGGGUGGUCCUUUUCACACAUCGACCUGUCGGGCCUCGAAAACUAAAGAGGCUUUUGUCCCGUUUCAACAAAGACCAGAAAGCCUCAAGACCGAAAUUGAGCGAUCCAACAGCCUCGGGGAGUAUCAAUCUACACGCGAUUGAGGCGUUGAAAGUACGACUAGAUCCUCCUACGCCACCAGAUGUUGACUGCGAGAAGCGAGAUGGCCCUGGAUUCCAUCUUCCCGCAGCUUCGGAAUGGAUUUCAUCUCAACAAUCUCCCCGUUCACCUAUCACGACACCACCAGAAAAACCUAAUCCCAUUAACGAUGCAGGAUCAACAGGGGAAACAUUCUUGCUCGUUGAUGAUAAUCCCAUUAACCUCAAAAUGCUCAUCAUGUUUAUGAAAAAGUUGAAACUUCAGUACAGCACAGCUUCCAACGGCGAAGAAGCUGUGACCAAGUACAAAGAGAACCCGGCGAGUUACAAGUGCGUGUUUAUGGAUAUAUCAAUGCCCGUCAUGAAUGGGUUUGAAGCCACGCGUCAUAUACGUACCUUUGAGGCUGAGUGUUCUAUUCCGAAGUGUAAUAUUUUUGCACUUACUGGUUUGGCGUCGCGCGAUGCUCAACAGGAGGCGGUUUUGAGUGGUAUUGACUUAUUUUUGACAAAGCCUAUCGCGUUGGCUGAGAUGAAGCAUUUAUUGGAGUCUAAGGAGUUGAUUUGA